AUGGCACUCUCACCCCUCAAAAUGACCACGCGAGGUGGCGCCUACGAUACCUCCUCCAUCGCCGCACCGGCCUCUCCUCAAACCACUCGGACCAUACGCCGACUUCAAUCCCAUCAACAACUCUCAUCAAACUCUCCGUCGUUGAUCACACAGCAACGCCAGCAGCAGCAAUUACAACAGCAGCAACAUGGCUUGACAACUCGAGAGUCAAGGGAACAUCUACAGCCAUCCAUGCAGAAUGUUUCGCUUGGUCUAGGCCGCACCAGAGCAAAUAGUGACGCACCAAUGGCCUUCAAGAAACCGAGCUCCACCCGGAGAUGGCCAGCUUCUGCAACCCACGGUCGAAAAUCAAGUCUGGAGAUACUCAUGAGAGAUGGGCCUCCUGGCGGUAACAUCGAGCAGGGGCUGAGUGAUCUACGAUACCACAUCUUGUCUUCUCGGGUGGAAGCUGGAAAAGACGGCAUGUCGGAUUACCGAUGCUACUUAUGGCUUGCGCUUCUAAACGUAGGCCCACUACAGACAGAUGAGUACCUUACUCUGGUUCAUCGAGGCCAAUCUCCAGCAUAUCAGAAGAUCAACGACGAUACCUUUCGAACAUUAGCGACCGACACCUUGUUCAAACGCCGUGUUACUGACGCAAGCAUUACUCGCGUCCUAAAUGCAACAGCUUGGAAACUGCACGACGCCAAAAGAAUCAGCUCAGAUUCGCCCCCUACUGCGUCAGGGCAACCUGCUGCCAAUACUUCUGCUGUAUACGUUCAAGGCAUGAAUGUCCUCUCCGCUCCAUUCCUCUAUGCUGCUCGAUCCGAAACCGAAGCAUUUUCCCUCUUUCAUGCGUUCCUCACUCGGGAAUGUCCAGGCUACAUUCGAGGUGCUAUGGAAGGCGUGCAUAAGGGUCUUGCGUUGGUUGACAAAUGUCUAGCACUUGUCAAUCCUACUCUCGCACAGUUUUUGCAGAACAAGAAGAUGCCUGCAGAGAUCUAUGCCUUCCCCAGCGUCCUGACUUUUUGUGCUUGUACUCCACCACUACCAGAGGUAUUGCACCUUUGGGACUUUCUCUUUGCCUAUGGUCCUCACCUGAAUAUCUUAUGCAUUGUCGCACAGCUCUUGCUAUUGAAGGAUACUCUGCUUGCAAGCCCUAGCCCUACGAAAGUCCUCCGUUCCUUCCCACCACUUGAAGCGGAGCAGAUUAUCAAACUUACGCUAUUUGUUGUCCAAAAAAUACCUGACGAUAUUUACGCCGAGCUCGUAAAUCAUGCGAAAUGA